AUGCAGUUCUCGCCUACUUCGAUAUCUCAUGGCAUUUCCCCCCGUUACGCAGAGAAAAGCGAUUACAACAAUCUAGCAGCACGGCGAAGCAUUGUCCAGCCUUCAGAAUCCAUCGUUCGGGUGACCACACUCUCAAAUCGGUUCAAUUCACGUACAAUGAGCUUCUCGUCGUCGUCGCCUAGGUAUCAAGGCGGGGAACAAGGCGGGGAACGGAGGAGAAGCUCUUUACCCAGCCUCGGUAGCACAGUGUUGGAUGGGUCGUUGAGCAGGGUGCCAUCGACCAGCGGCGCAUUGGUUCGAAACUCCAAAGGCAAUUCUCCUCGAGGAGUGUACGGUCUUGACCCCCCUCGGCCACCCAAGGAAGGAUAUGAAUGGGUUUGGUAUCCGGAGGGGUACUGGGCCGAGCGCGAGUUUCGACCGAUUGACUUCGCUGCAACCAGUGGCAGAACCCCUGAGGUCAAAGUUUGGAAAUGGAGAAGACGGUCUAGGAAGACUGGAAGCGGAAGCCAGGACAAUGACGCCCCUACAGUUUCACCAAAAACGAACCAACCACAACAACAACCACCGGUGUUAAUCAAUACGCCUACCUCCCCACUAAGCCCCUUUCGCACCGAGGAGGCUCAUAUCCUUGCCUUACAAAGCCCAGGUGUACAGCUAUUGACCAGCACCAGCAUAGUGGAAAGCGAGUGGCUCGCACCAAAACAUAGCCUCCAAACUCCUAGGCCAUUAGAUCUAUCAACACCUGCUGAAGUCAGGCCAGAUACCCCUUCUGAGUCCCGCGAGACUUUUGGGUUUCUCUCCAAGAGAGGAAUCAGCGCAAUGUCUGUCUUGCAGAAAACAAAGGACCGGCGGUACAGCAGCGGUGGCAGAAUCGGCAACCCCUGCAAGCAGCAACUCAUCUAUAUCAGGGCUAAGGACCGCGUUCUCAGGAGGACCGUUGGCUACGCACCUCACAAACCCGGGCAUUUGCUUACGAUGAGACCACAGGAGGCUACACGAAUUCACACACCCCCGCUGAAAGAGGACACGGCUGAUGGACGACCGCGCGGUUAUUUCUUCAAUGUCUCAAUACCGAUCGGUGCAGAUACUACCGAGUCGUCUGCUUCAAGCAAGGAAACCAACUUCACAAGCACCACGAUGCCUAUGUCGUUGCCACCCACGCCGUUGCGCCAUCCGCAUGAGAGAAUUGAAGAGGAGCAAGGGGGACAUCGAGGCCCUCGUAGAGGUGAUUUUUCACUACCACCAACGCCCGGUUUAUCCGGGUUACCACCAACGCCCGGGUUAUCCUCGUUACCACCAACGCCCGGGGCACCCUCAUUGCCAACAACCCCCGGGACGGCCGAUAAGAAGAGAAGAGAAUGGUGGGACGCUCCAACGAGAUCGGCUGAAGCCAGACGAGCAGAGCGGACAGAACGCUUGGCCAGUGGAAGAAGCCGUGGUGAUGGAGAAGGCGGGCGCCUGCGCAAGAAGGGACAAUUCACGUUUGAUAUCCCUGAACAUUUACCAAAUAGCCCAAUGUGUCCGGCCAACCCGAAACACAAGUCCAAAGGAAAGGGUGUCUGUGUGUAUCAUGGUCGGAGAAAAAGCGCCAGUAUGUCCGAUGAUGCUUACGACACUCGAGAUACAAUGAGCGAAUCAGCAACUAAGCGUUCCAGCGCGAAUCCCAAGAUGGCGUCAGUCGACCACGAUCCUCUAUUGCUUCUGCGGGGGUCAAUCGCAUCCAGUAGUGCCAUCAUCCCGACGACAUCCGCCGAUACCUCUUCCGACAGCAGCGCCGAAGUGCCGCUCUCCCAGGCCACUCACCUUCUGUUCACCCACCCAACCCGUGUCGUCAUCCCCAUCGAUGCGCCGACGCGCUUUGUCUCCAACGGCAGCCCCGUCGAUCUCCGCAGUAUCUACUUUGCGUGGCUGAACCAUGAAGUCGCCAUUCCCGAGUACAAUGCUUCUGCGACCAAGCUUAACGAGGAAUUGAGUGGUGCCGGCGCGGUCCACAAGUUUGCCUUCGUUGAGCGUCUUGAGCUCAUCGCCUGGCUGGAAGGUGGAAGUGAAGAGAGCGAAUACAUCAAGCCGCUGGCAGGUGAAAGGGAUGGAGCUUCCGCGACCGGCGCUGCUAGCACGACAGCCGCCUCCAAGGCUGCCCCUACUGUUUCUGCGAGAUCUGGUCGUGGGACGCUAGACCCUAGGCUCGCCCAGAUUUACAACGGCGAACGGCGCAUGGGGGACAGGAACAGUGUGCUCAGGGGAAUUAAGCCCACGCUCGCGCAAGCCUUCAUGUCUAAGAAGCCCGGCCCUACAGCGAUCACGAACAACCCUGCUCUUGCCAUCAACCAGAAGCCAGCGCGACGACCUGACCCCAUCAUCCUCCUUUCGCCCUCCGCCUCUUCGCUUCUCCGCAUGUCCAACAUCAGAGACUUCCUCGAGAACGGCAAAUACACGUUGCCAGAUCACAACGCCUCCAUUUCGGUGCUGCACGUGUCGCGCAUGAUGAAAGACAUCGAUCCCAACCGCCCCAUGCGCUUCAUCCUCGUCGAAGGCCCGGAGCAGUUCAAGCCCGAAUACUGGAACCGCGUGGUGGCCGUCUUCACAACCGGCCAGGCGUGGCAGUUCAAGAACUACCGUUGGAGCCAACCAACAGACCUCUUCCGCCAUGUUUUGGGUAUCUAUGUCGGCUGGCGAGGCGAGCAGCCACCUGAGAGUGUGCGGUCGUUCGGUCAUCGGGUUCUGGCUACCUCCGUUGACAAGGUGCGCGAUCCGGCGGCGGCGGGCGCAGAAAACCGGUGGCGCGACAGGGAGGUGGUGGAGAGUAUCUGGAAGGCUAUUGAGGGGAACAUGCGUUCUAAGGGCUGGCGAAAGGAUGCUGCCCCGACGUCUAUUUGA